AUGAACAAUAAAUAUUAUCCCAUAAAAGAGACUAAUGUUGAAAAGGGGGUAAUAAAUGUAUUUAAAAAAAAAAUCGAACAAAAAAAACAAGAAUAUUUGAGGUUUAAUUUACCAAAAGGUUAUCAAAAUAAAAAGCUAGAAAAUGUGAAUAAUGGAACAAAAAAUAUUACCAUGGCUAGCCAUGAUAAUAAUAAAGUUGGUAAUAUAAUCGAAAAUAUAAAUGCAAAUAAUAAUAAAAAAAAAAUUAUAUAUAUAGAAACAUGUGACACACACGAUAAAUAUGUAUUAAAUAUAGAUGAUGAAGAAAAUCAAAUAAAUAACAUAGAUUUGGACACAAAAUAUAAAUCUGAUACUCUUUACAAAAAGGGAAUAUCAUAUACUGAAGAAAAUUGUGAUGAAUCGAUUCAUAUACCAUUACAAAUAUUAUCAAAUCGAUAUGAUUAUAAUGAUGUUGUUCAAGCAACUAAUAAUUUUUCUGAAGAAAAUAAAAUAGCUAAAGGAGGAAAUGGAAUAGUAUAUAGAGGAAUAUUAAAAAGUUGCAUUAAUGUAGCUAUUAAGGUUUUAAAAAAAAAUGAAAAUAAUGGAUUUGAAAAUGAACUAAUAAUUAUGAGCAGAUAUAGACACAAUAAUAUUUUAUCAUUAUUAGGUUAUGCUAUGAAUACAAAUUAUUUUUAUUUAAUUUAUGAAUAUGUGAGUUUAGGAGAUUUAAGAACACUUUUAUUUAAUCAUUAUUAUUUUUAUAAUUCAAAAAAUAAAGAAAAUAAUGAUUUUAAUAAUUUAUCAAAUAUUAAAUUAAAUAAUUAUAAUAAUAUUCCAAAGAAUAAAUAUAUAAAUUCCUUAAAUAAUUAUACAAAACCCUCUAAUUUAUCUGAAAAUCAACCACCACUUUUUCUAUCUUUUAGUACCAGAAUAAAUAUAUUAGUACAAAUUAUAAAUGUGCUUUGCUAUUUACACACAUCCUCUCCAAUAGUAUAUCACAGAGACUUAAAAUCAGCCAACAUUUUGAUCGAUGAAAAAUUUAAUGCCAAAUUAGGUGAUUUUGGCCUCUCUUUUAUUUACAUAAAUAAUAAUAACAUUUUUAAUUUAACUGGUGGCACGCCUGGGUAUGCUGACCCAUACUAUAUAUCAACCCAUGAAAUAAAUGAACAGACAGAAAUAUACUCCUUUGGAGCAUUAAUAUUAGAAAUGUUAGUAUCUAAAUCACCAGCUAUACAUGUAGGAAAAAAUUAUAGUUGUAUUUAUGCUCAAAACGGAAAAUGCCCAAUAUAUUGUCAUAGAGAUAAAAAUGAUAAUGAUGAUAACGUAUUUGACUACUUAAUUAAUCAUAUAAAUAUAAAUGAUUAUAAAUCUAUUUAUUCAAUUUUAGAUUAUAGUGUUAAUUUUCCAGAUUUUUUAGUUGAGAAAUUAACAAAAUUAUCUUUUUUGUGUUUGAAUCCAAAUAUAAAAAGUCGACCUUCAUCAAAAUUAGUAAAUUUAAUAUUAUUGGAAAUACAAAAAGAAUGUGAUUUUUUUGUAAAAAAACAAGAAUUUUAUAUGAAAAAAAUUAAUAAUGUAAAUAUAUAUUUUGAUGAAUAUGAAAGAGAAUCAUAUAAUAAUUCGAUUAUUAAUGAUUGGGAUGAAAAAGAUGCAGAAAAAAAACAACAGAAAAAAAAAAAUACACACACUAUUGAUACUACAAUAUAUAAAAAUGAAAAUAAAACAAAUAUAGAUUAUCAAAGAAAAAUUAAAAAUUAUAAUAAUUAUAUUAAACAAAUUAAAGAAAUAAAUUAUAAUAGUAUAAAUCAACUUUUUCUUAAUUUUGUUAAUUCAAUAUUUGGAAAUACACGAAUUUAUAAUUUAAAUAAAAAUAUGUACAAAUUUUUUUUUUCAGAAAAUGUUCAGAAAAUUAAAGACAUACAAAAAAUAGUUACUAAUUAUAAUGAUAUAAAUAAUACAACUAUAUUUAAUAAUACAAGUUCAUAUAAUUAUAUAUAUUUUAAAUAUAAUACUAUUAAUAAUUUAACAAAUAUAAGGGAUGUAUAUUUUGAUAAAUUAUAUGGAGAUAUGUUUAAUAAAAAUUAUAUUUUUAAUUCAUUUUCAUUUAAUUUAAUGAAUUGUUAUUUUCUUAAAUUUAUUCAUGAUUGUCUAAAAAAUAAUACCCUGAAUUAUUCAAAUAACAAUUUAAUAUUAAAAAAUGAAUUUAAUAAAAAUAUGGUUGCAAAGAUUGGAAAAACUCAUGUUAGUGGAAAUUUACAUAAUUAUAAUAAAUACAAUGACAAAUUUUAUAACCUUAAUUUUGUUGACAAUUAUGAGGAAAAAGAUAAGCAAUAUAUGAACAAUAAUAUAUGCUUGGAAAAAAAAAUCGAAAAAAAAAUCGAAAAAAUAAAUAUGCCUAUGAAAUGUCUUAGUAAUAAUGUUGUAAAUAUAAAAGGAGAAAUUAAUAUAACGAAAAAUAAAUAUAGCAAUAAUAUAUCUAAUUGUUUUAUACCUCAAGAUCAAAAUUAUAUUUUUAAAACAUCAAAAAAAAAUAAUGAAAAUUUAUAUAUUCAUCAUAAUGUUCCUGAAAAUGUAACGCCAAAUAUAUUAUUUAAUUUGUCUCCAAUAAAAAAUGAGAAUAAUAGUGGUACAUCUAGUUAUGAUCAUAAUUAUCAAAGAAGAAAUAUGGUUUCUUCGAGAAAAUGUGGUAAUUCUAUAAAUAUAAAAAAUGAUUCUCAAAAUGUUAAUGGAUGUACUAACAGUUGUAAUCAUGAAGGAAUUAUGAAUAAAACCCCAAUUGUUAAUAAAUAUGAUAGAAAUUAUGAAGAUCGAAAUUGUGAAGGUAGAAAUUAUGAAGAUCGAAAUUGUGAAGGUAGAAAUUAUGAAGAUCGAAAUUGUGAAGGUAGAAAUUAUGAAGAUCGAAAUUGUGAAGGUAGAAAUUAUGAAGAUCGAAAUUGUGAAGAUCGAAAUUGUGAUCAUAAAAGUAAUAACUCAAAUUUAUUUUUUAAUAAUAAUUUAAAUCAUGAAGAAAAUAAAAAAGAAAAAACUGAGAGUAGCGAUGCCAGCAAUAAUAUUUCAUGUAUUAACAAUUACGACCAUUUAACAUGCUUAUAUAAUAUUCAUCAUAUACAAGAAGAAAAAAAUAUUCCAAAAAAAUUAGCAUCAAAUAAAUGGUCAUUGAAAAGAAAUUGCAGAGAUAAUACUCCUAAAAUGAUUUUUAAUAUACAAGGAAAUAAUGAAAACUUAAAAGAUACAUGUAUAAGUAAUAAAAAAAAAAUAAUGAGAAUAGAUUUAUCUUCUAAUAAUGAAAAAAUAACAGUAACACACAAAUAUAACACACCAACAAAGAAAAAAGAAAACAACAAUACAAAAUAUACUAAUCUUAUAAAAUUCGGAAAUGAAAAUAAUAAUAAUAAUCUUAAUGAAAAUAGUGGAUAUAAUCAAGAAAAGGAAAGUUUUUUUUUUUCAAAGAAUCAUAAUAUUUUUAAAAAAGAAAGUGGUAAUGGUUUGCCUGAAAAAACACCAUCACCAAUAAUGAUGAAUAUAAAACAUAAUAAUAUUGUAUAUGUAUCAAAUUUAUUAAAUUAUAUUAAUUUUGAAAAAAAUAAAUAUACUUUUGAUUCUAAUACAUUUUCAUGGUUUAAUAGUCAUAUAUUUGAAAUGGUAAUUGGUGAAAAUAAAAUUAUCUCAGACAUAACUUUUUUAGAUAUUUUAUACGAAUUUAAUAUUUUUGAUUUUAAAAAAUUAAAUAUACCUAUUUAUGAAGAUGAAAAGAAAUAUAUUUUAAGAGGAAAAUGGUCCAACCCCGAAAAUGGUUUAAAAGGUGGUUUAAAAGAUGGAUUGGGAAAUGGUUUGGAAAAUGGUUUGGGAAAUGACUUAAAAAAUGGUUUGGAAAAUGACUUAAAAAAUGGUUUGGAAAAUGACUUAAAAAAUGGUUUAACUUGUGUUAAUUUACAAAAAAACUUUUUUUUUGAAAUAGCAGUACAUCAUGAUAAUAUAAAAAAUGCACACACCAUUUUUUUACUAAAAUCUAAUCAAUCAAAAGAAUGUAUAAAUAAUGAAAAUGGUGUUAUUAAAAAAAAAAUAUGGAUUUCAGAUUAUAUUGGUAGAAGAAAUGAAUUUAUAGAAAAAAUCCUCAAAAAAUCAAUUUCAAAUAUUUUAUAUGAAUGUAUAAGUAGAAAACAUUGUCUCUUCUUAUUAGAAGUACAAAUGAAAACUUUAAAUAAACCAACAUGUUAUGAUAAUAAGGUUAUGGAAAAUUUUUAUUAUUAUUAUUUUGAAUAUAAUAUCAAAGUUGUAUGUAAUAGUGAAAAUUGUAUAUUUUCAAAUAAUUAUAUACUCUAUAAAAAUAAUACAUAUUCUUAUAGUUUACCGAACAAUAUAUUAUCAUUACUUGUAUUUUCUGAAGAUAAGGUUAUGAAUAAAAUAUCCCAUUACAAAAAUUCAUUAGCUACAACACAAAGGGUUCAUUUUCCUUUGUAUCCAUUUUUUGUAAAUAUUAAUUUUUACAACGAAAAGUAA